AUGGACCGCCAAUACUCAUCUCGUCCCCCUUCCGCCACCUCAAUGGACGGCCCUCGCGACGACCCGCGGUCAUACUCGGACCGCUUUACACUCCCACCCCUCGAAUACUCUUCCGACCGCCCCAUGCCGAAUAACAUCAGAUACCCGCCCUCCAGCCCCAUCGUCACCCUCCCAUCGCUUCAGAACCAACAAAACCAACACCCAUACCACCCAUACCCGCCUCAAGAUCGGCAGCCUCCCAUGCACCCGCAAGAGCAACAGGUGAAAUUCACCCCCUUCCAACCAGGCACUGGCUCGGUCUAUCACUUUGGCCGACAGACCGCUGAGACGAGGCAGGUGCGCAAGAUCGGACAGCGCCGCGAUGCCGCAGAGGAGUACCGCAAACUUCUUGGUAGUAACAACGGCGAGCCAACGAGCAGGCCGCCGCCGCCGCCGCAACACCAGCAAAGUCGACCCCUCUCGCAACAGUCGUCGCCAACGUUCGGACCACCGAGGCCGAUGCAGGAUCCGUAUAGCGCGCAGGGCCGUCCUAACAACCACAUCAACAAUCAGAGUGAUCCAAACAACCACCAUGUGCAGCUUCUCCGCUCACCGUCACCGCAGUCGCGAGAUCUACGGAAGAGACCGUCAACAGGGACUCUGCCGAAGCCGAAGGAACAGAAGCUGCGGGACUCGAGCGGAAUUGGGAUUGCCGACCUGAUUAGGCCGGAUAGUUCGAAGUACACCACAACCGACGUACACGCUGCACAUGCGGCAACAACCUCUCGCCGCGCGUGCAUGUGGUUUCGGCGAACGAGACCGCCGCGUCGUGGACCCGCCUCCUAUCCUCGAGCUGCGCAUCACCCCGCCCCCACCACCACCGCCAUGUCGGCCUCUGAUGAAAUGGCCCGGCGCCUACGCUACCCGUACUACGUGGUGCACUGCUCGCUAUGGGACGCGUCACGCGACAUCGAUAGUGGGGCCAUGGAAGGCGACGGCAGCGUAGGCGGUGGGGAGCGUCGCAAUCAGCAGCGUCGGCUGAUGGGAACGCUGGUCGCCAGCCCAUUUGUGGGCAAGGACGAACGCGGGGUCGAGGGGUGUUUCUUCUGCUUCCCGGAUCUGUCGUGUCGAACCACCGGGCAGUAUCGGUUGAAGUUCGUGUUGAUGGUGUUGGAUCCUAAUACGAUGAAGAUGGGAACAAAAGUGCCGUACAGUGCCAGCGUGACGAGUGGGGUGGUGACGGUGUUUGCGGCGAAGGAUUUCCCAGGAAUGCAAGCGAGUACGGCGUUGACGCGACGGCUGAAGGAGCAAGGUUGUUUGAUCUCGGUGAAGAAAGGGAUUGAGAAGAUUGGAGAGAGGGGCGGGGAGAGCGAUGAUGAAGGGGCGGGAAGUAAGAGGUGA